UCUCUCAUUCUUGCUGAGCUGUUUCCGUUCGGUCACAUGACCCCAUUCCAAACUCCAGCUCAUCAUCCUGCAGGAGGGGAACCUCUUGCAAUGACGGAAACUGGAGCAAAAAGUAAAAGUGACAUUGAUCUCAGCAGCGAAGGAAAUAACGGGACAGAGGGAGGAUGCACAGUGGAAGUGGAAGGUCCUAAUGAGAGAUUACUCCUGGCUGCAGCAUAUGUGUACGAUGCACAAUACAACAGAAACAUCCCCUUUGAAACGUCGCCUCAAGCGGUCAGACUGUACUACUUUUAUAACCACUGGGUAAUGCAAGUAGCAACCUACAUCUGUAUCAUAGUUGAUCUAGCUCUGGCGCUUUUUGAGGAGCCUGCUGUUUGUCCGCUCCCAUUCCUGGCUACUUCCAUAGUUGAGAUCUUCUGCUUAAUGGCCUUUUUUGGCCGACUUCUACAUUAUGGUAAAGUCACCCCUCGAAGCAUUUUCUGGAAAGACACUAAGAACAUUUGCGUUAUGGUCACAAUAUUACUUAAUCUAAUCGAUCUGAUUAUUUAUGGAUCUUUGAGUAUAGCUCAGAUACCCAGCGUACGAUGGUCGAGAGUCCUACGUCCAAUUUACUUGGUUAAUUUUGCUGAAAGUCGACAGAUUCGCCGAGCAUUCCGCAGUAUCAGAAACACAUUACCUGAGAUCCUCUAUGUCUUCCUUCUCUUUAUGUUCAGCGUCCUCAUUUUUUCUCUCAUGGCUCUGAAACUUUUUGGGAGCAGGAAACUGAAGACGGCUGAAGGAGAGCCUUACUUUGAAAAUUACCUGGAAGGUGUAUUUAAUCUUUAUGUACUGGUAACUACUGCUAAUAGUCCUGAUGUCAUGAUGCCCGCUUAUGAUUACAAUUGGUGGUACUCCAUCUUCUUUAUAGCUUACAUUAUUCUGAACACUUACAUCUUUAUGUCAGUUUUCUUAGCUGUCGUGUACAACAAUUACAGAAAACACUUAAAGAAUGAGAUCCGUAAAUUGGCUUACAUGAAGCGUCGCAAGAUGGCCGAGGCUUUUAAUGCUCUUAAGGUCAAAGAAGGUCCAGACUUUGUCAUACCAGAGACCACUUGGAAAAAAUUGGUGAAGUUGGUGGCACCAGACAUCAGUAAAUCACACCGAGAACUGCUACUAAGAGUAUCCAAAGAUGAACACCAAGAGUAUGUGGGAAAGCAAGCUUUCAUACGUCUGGCCGACUUACUGAACAUUAAGGUGAUCACUGUGAAGGCUCGUAUGCAUCCAUUUGAGUGCUGGAUGCCUCAUUUCUACAGAUCUGCCGUGAGCAGGUUCAUUCGCAGAGUUGUACAUCAUAAAGGAUUUGUUUAUGCUUUCGAUGUGGUCAUUCUUGUGAAUGCCAUUUUCAUUGCUCUCGAUGACAGAAACCCCCUGAUUUCCCAUGCAGAGUGGGUAUUCCUUGCCCUCUACGUCCUAGAAAUACUUCUGAAACUCUACACUUAUGAUCCAAGAUCUUUCUUUGCAAUGAACCAGUUUUGGAACUGGUUUGACACUUUUAUUAUCAUCGCUGCUCUAAUUGCUACAACAGUCAACACAUGGCUGAGUUCAGUGAGUCAGUACAACAGCCAACAGGUCCUAGACAUUGUCUUCAUUCUCAGAGUUCUCCGGCUUAUCAGGAUCAUUGACAGCAUUCAGAGGUUUCGGGUCAUCAUGAAUACAUUGAUAAACAUCCUCCCCACUAUGUUCACAUUCUGUGGUAUUAUAUUAGCAAUAUACUACGUUUUUGCCAUAGUUGGAAUGGAAAUUUUCAAGAACAAAAUCCGUUUCUUUCCUGAGAAUUCCACUCACCCUUAUGCCCAGGAGUGCGGAGCAGAAGCGUUGAGGAACUCUGCCUUUGCCAGAGGCAAAUACUGUAGGAAUAACUUCAAUGACAUGGGCUCAGCCUUCAUUGUACUAGUGGAACUGACUGUAGUCAACCAGUGGCAUGUUCUCGCUACUGGGUUCUCUCUGGUAACCCGCCCGGAAGCCAAACUUUAUUUCAUCACUUUCCACGUGGUGAUUGUGAUUAUGAUCAUCAACAUUUUUGUGGCAUUUAUUUUGGAAGCAUUUUUUGUGGAGUAUUCGUUGGAAAAGAGUGAAGUUGAAACUGCAAUUGAAAAGAAGAUCCAGGAGUUGGGGAUGGCAGUGCAGGAGGGAGAUCUUCCUUCUGGAAAGUUAGUAGACAACAUGGAAAACUGUGAAAAUGAUCUUGGUGCAUUCGGGGAAGUGGACCAGAAAGGACUGAUGUUUAGGAUAGCUUCAAAACGGUACAGGACAGUGGAUGCCUUGUUACAGCGUAUGUUUGAGGCAGAGAUACCUCCAGAGGAUGAAGGCCCGCCAAUGGAGGAUAUUUUAAAUCUGUCACCUGAUGACCUGUAUAUUGAAAACCCAACAUACCAUACAGCAGCUUAGUGUUGGAGGUUCAUAUUGGGAACCUGAAUAGGAAGGAAAGGUAGUAAUAGAUUGCGCUCCCCACUGCCGCUUUUCAAUGAUCUUUGGGUUUUUUGUAAUAAGAAUAUUUAUUUUUAUAGAGUAACUCUUUUAUCAAAAGAAAAUCACUGUAAUAAAUAUAAAAAAUAUGUUAAGACAUCACACGGCAGGCCCAGACUGUAUAAAAAGCAAAUCACUCCUUCCUAAACCAUGUCUCACUUAUAAUAUUUUCCCCAGAACACUCGUGGAGGGUGACAUGUUGUGGGAAGAGCUAGGCUACAUUCUUAUGAGUAAUGCUGCAGUCCACAAAAUGGCACCCUCCCCAGUGUUUGUAGAAAACCAGUUCACUAUAUUAAACCUUGUCUAUGAAAUUAACACUCAUCCUCCACUAAAGCCAGAACCUGAACACACAAACUUUUUUUUUUUUUUUUUUUUAUUUCAUUCCAUACAAAUCCUCCAGAACAUGAAGUCACUACCUUAGGAGAUGAUUUGCAAAAAAACCAAAUAUAUGUGUUCGCGUUGCUGUUACAUUGAUGUAUAUUGUUGUGUAAUCCUCAUAAAAUUAUCUGACUCCUAAUUACCCUGUUGUUUAUCAGGAUUAUUCAGAAAGAAAACAUAAGAAUCUUCACUUUGUACCGUAAAGACCUAUGGUCUCUGAUGUUUGUAAAGGGUAGUGACUGAUGCUAUGCAAAAAGGACCAGAGUUAACCAAAGUGGUGGAUUGUAUGGCAACCAAUUAAAAUGAUGCCGUCAUAUGUCUAGUGCGUCUAUAUUAAAGCAAACAUCUGAUUUGUUUCUGUGGUCAGCACCAGUUUUCAUAAAUAGCCCCACAUUAUUCAUAUGUAAAGCACUUAAUGUUUACAUACACAUGGACUGUAGCUGCCAAUUAAGUCUAGAAUAAUCCAUUGGCUCAUAAAGAUAUUGUACUCCAUAUAUAUCUACAAAUUCUUAAUUCACGGGUUAAAUUAGCAUGUUUGUAAUAUACUGUACUGGCAGACUGACAAAUACCCACAAAGCUAUGGGAUACUUACUGCACAUCCCGAGAGAUCAUUAUAUGUGUUGGGGAUUAUACACAGCAUCUUAUACUAGUCUAAUAACCACUUUCUGUCGUGGAGCAGAAUUAUAAUGAAUCUAUUGUAAAAUGUAAAACUGGAAAAAAAAUGUAUUCUAAAUAAAUAGAUUAUUUAUAAGUA